GGAGCGCGGGGUUUGAUGGGUAAGGCAUUGGCCGGGGCCCUGCGCUCCUCAGUGGCUGCGGCCGCCUGCUCCUGAGGGCAGCCCGCCACCGCUGCGCUCUCUUCACACAGCUGUGAUUUCCUUUGGACAACUCAUGAUAUUUAUCAUUGUGCCAAGUUGCUAUAAAUAAAAGAUGGGUGGAUUAUUUUCUCGAUGGAGGACAAAACCAUCAACAGUAGAAGUUCUAGAAGGUAUAGAUAAGGAAAUUCAAGCAUUGGAAGAAUUUAGGGAAAAAAAUCAGAGACUGCAAAAAUUAUGGGUUGGAAGAUUAAUUCUCUAUUCCUCAGUACUCUAUCUGUUUACAUGCUUAAUUGUGUAUCUCUGGUAUCUUCCUGAUGAAUUCACAGCAAGACUUGCCAUGACACUCCCAUUUUUUGCUUUUCCUUUGAUCAUCUGGAGCAUAAGAACCGUGCUUAUUUUCUUCUUUUCCAAGAGAACAGAGAGAAAUAAUGAAGCGUUGGAUGAUUUAAAAUCCCAGAAGAAAAAAAUACUUGAAGAAGUCAUGGAAAAAGAAACUUAUAAGACAGCCAAGUUAAUUCUUGAAAGGUUUGAUCCAGACUCAAAGAAAGCAAAGGAGUUUGAGCCACCAUCUGCUGGAGCAGCUGUAACUACAAGACCUGGACAAGAGAUUCGUCAGCGAACUGCAGCUCAAAGAAACCUUUCUCCAGCACCAGCAAGUUCUAAUCAGGGCCCUCCUCCACAAGUUCCAGUAUCUCCUGGGCCACCAAAGGAUGCCUCAGCCCCCGGUGGACCACCAGAAAGAACUGUUACUCCAGCCUUACCCAGACGCCUUGGAUCUCCUGCUACUUCAGUGCCUGGAAUGGGUCUUCAUCCUCCAGGUCCACCCUUGGCAAGACCUAUUCUUCCCCGAGACCGAGGUGCUCUGGAUAGAAUUGUUGAAUAUUUAGUUGGUGAUGGUCCACAGAACAGGUAUGCCCUUAUAUGUCAGCAGUGUUUUUCUCAUAAUGGCAUGGCGCUAAAAGAAGAAUUUGAAUACAUUGCUUUUCGAUGUGCCUACUGCUUUUUCUUGAAUCCUGCAAGAAAAACCAGACCCCAGGCUCCAAGACUUCCAGAGUUCAGUUUUGAGAAGAGGCAGGCAGUGGAAGGCUCAAGUUCAGUUGGUACUUUGCCAUCAGAAAGUAUACCCUUAUCCGAGAAUGAAUUUAAUGAAGAAUCCUUAGAAGAACGGGAUGUUCUCAAUAAUAGUACUGAGGAGACAGACGAGAAAAUACCAGCUACCCAGCAGUCAAGCCAAGUGAUUGAAAAAGCAUCUGGCUCACAGGAACUGGAGGAAAAACAAGAGACUGAGCACGAGGAAACCUCAGCAAGUGAAGCCAAAUCAACAGUUCCCAGAGCUGAUGCUCUUCCGAAUCUUGAACUAAGUGGAGAGUCUUUGAAGACACAGUAGUAAAUGCUUCCAUGUGCCUUCAACUGGAUGUUUGUAGUCUUGUUGAUGUCAUUUACUGCUUUUUUUGGUGGUACUUAAAAAAAAAAAUUAUGCCCCUCUAAGUAUAUACUUUAUAUCAUUCAAAUUCAGAUUGUCUAGCAAUUUCAGUACAUCUGAGUUUAUCUACUGGAUAUUGAAAUUAAAGUGUUAUCAGUGAAGCAAGAUCCUUUUGAAUGUGCAAAGACCCACACUGUUUAGAUAGCUUUUAGAUAUUUUGUGCAUUCUAAAUGUUUACAAAAUGGAUAGCAUUUUUAUUUUCUACAUGUUUAACCUGCAAAUAACUAUUUUGACAUAGGAAGAACAUUGACUAGGAAAUAAUGUUUUAAGGACUAAAACACCAUUAACAUUUGGAGUAUUUCAUCAUCAAAUAUGAAUAUAACUUAACUUUUAAGAUAUUUUGCCAGUUGGAAGAAAAUAUCUAUUUUUAGGUGUUUACAUUAGGUGAUAUUCAAAGCUGUAAUAGUGACUACAUAGGCAUUGGUACGAAUUCUCAAUAAGAAUGCAAUUGAACAGUUGAGUGCAGUGUUUCUUUUGAUGUCUUUUACUUUGCAGCUGGGCCAAAGGCACACAAUGUACAUAAUUAGUUUAUGUUUACAUAUUAACAUAGGAAAUAUUUCUGCACUUGACUGUACUUGAAUUCCUAGUAUUAUUUAUAUUUGUAAAAUAAUUAUGAUAUGCAAGUAAGUUUUGUGCUCCUGUAUGUGUUUUGUUAAGGAAAAUAAAGAUGAUCUGGCAGCAGUU